GGGGGUGGCUGGCGCGCCCGGCUGCCCUGCUCCGCGCCCAGCUUUCUCAGCCGGGAGCAGCCUGAACGCUGAGACACCCUGCUGACCACUCAAAGGGCUACAGCCACCUCCUUCCCCGACACCGAGGGUCCCCCCGGGGGCUUUCCCCAGAACCUCAGAAGCUGACACGCAGCCCCGUGGCUGCCAGUCUCUCUCUGCAGGCUGGAAGGGGUGGAGGAACAAGAGGGCAGUCACCUGUAGGUGGCAAUGCGGGAGGGGAGAGGGAGAGGAGAGGCUAAGGUGCUGAAACCGAGAAAGGCCGAGGACCGGCAGUGCCUGUCACUCUGGAGCCCCUGAGCCAGGCUGGCUGAGCCUGGGUGGGUCCUGUACCCUGGGGCUUCCCUGUCCUUACUCCCUUGGUGGGGUCCUGCCAGUAAUUCCUCUCUUCUAAGUCUGCCCCCACCCCACCGCCUCCAGGAGCCAACGACAACCUGUCUCCUUGGAUGCCCCUGCCCCCACCCAGCACCCCGAAUGCCUGGGGUUGGGAAAUGGGAGCACUUUUGCAUCACCUCUUCCAUUUAUCCCUCCCUCCCUCCCUGAUGCAGCUCACUCUCUGUUUCGACAGAGACUCUCAGACUCACAAUAACAGCUGAUUACCCUAUUGGUGGCUGGGCCCUGAGUCACUGCGGGGAGGGACCUCAGGUUGCCCAGCCCUGUCACCUUCUCCCAACCUAGAGUAUAAGGAGUAGUGACAGGGAGGUGGACUCUGAGAAGCCCGGGCAGUUGAGGACAGGAGAGAGAAGGCUGCAGACCCAGAGGGAGGGAGGACAGGUAGUCCGAAGGAGGAGGACAGAGGAGGGCACACAGACGCAGAGCAAGGGCAGCAAGGAGGAGACCCUGGUGGGAGGAAGACACUCUGGAGAGAGAGGGGGCUGGGCAGAGAUGAAGUUCCAGGGGUCCCUGGCCUGCCUCCUGCUGGCCCUCUGCCUGGGCAGUGGGGAGGCUGGCCCCCUGCAGAGCGGAGGGGAAAGCACUGGGACAAAUAUUGGGGAGGCCAUCGGACAUGGCAUGGGAGACGCCCUGAGCCAAGGGGUGGGAAAGGCCAUUGGCAAAGAGGCCGGAGGGGCAGCUGGCUCUAAAGUCAGUGAGGCCCUUGGCCAAGGGACCAGAGAAGCAGUUGGCACUGGAGUCAGGCAGGUUCCAGGCUUUGGCGCAGCAGAUGCUUUGGGCAACAAGGUCGGGGAAGCAGCCCAUGCUCUGGGAAACACUGGGCAUGAGAUUGGCAGACAGGCGGAAGACGUCAUUCGACACAGAGCAGAUGCUGUCCGCAGCUCCUGGCAGGGGGUGCCUGACCACAAUGGUGCUUGGGAAACUUCUGGAGGCCAUGGCAUCUUUGGCUCUCAAGGUGGCCUUGGAGGCCAGGGCCAGGGCAAUCCUGGAGGUCUGGGGACUCCGUGGGUCCAUGGAUACCCCGGAAACUCAGCAGGCAGUUUUGGAAUCAACCCUCAGGGAGCUCCCUGGGGUCAAGGAGGCAAUGGAGGGCCACCAAACUUUGGGACCAACAUUCAGGGAGCUGUGGCCCAGCCUGGCUAUGAUUCAGUGAGAGCCAGCAACCAGAAUGAAGGGUGCACUAACCCCCCACCAUCUGGCUCAGGCGGAGGCUCCAGCAACUCUGGGGGAGGCAGCGGCUCACAGUCGGGCAGCAGUGGCAGUGGCAGCAAUGGUGACCACAACAAUGGCAGCAGCAGUGGUGGCAGCAGCAGUGGCAACAGCAGUGGCAGCAGCAGUGGUGGCAGCAGUGGCAACAGCGGUGGCGGCAACAGCGGUGGCAACAGCAGUGGCAGCAGCAGUGGUGGCAGCAGUGGCAACAGUGGUGGCAGCAGCAACAAUGGUGGCAGCAGAGGUGACAGCGGCAGUGAGUCCUCCUGGGGAUCCAGCACCGGCUCCUCCUCCGGCAACCACGGUGGGAGCGGCGGAGGAAAUGGACAUAAACCCGGGUGUGAAAAGCCAGGGAAUGAAGCCCGCGGGAGCGGGGAAUCUGGGAUUCAGGGCUUCAGAGGACAGGGAGUUUCCAGCAACAUGAGGGAAAUAAGCAAAGAGGGCAAUCGCCUCCUUGGAGGCUCUGGAGACAAUUAUCGGGGGCAAGGGUCGAGCUGGGGCAGUGGAGGAGGUGACGCUGUUGGUGGAGUCAAUACUGUGAACUCUGAGACGUCUCCUGGGAUGUUUAACUUUGACACUUUCUGGAAGAAUUUUAAAUCCAAGCUGGGUUUCAUCAACUGGGAUGCCAUAAACAAGAACCAGGUCCCGCCCCCCAGCACCCGAGCCCUCCUCUACUUCAGCCGACUCUGGGAGGAUUUCAAACAGAACACUCCUUUCCUCAACUGGAAAGCAAUUAUUGAGGGUGCGGACGCAUCAUCACUGCAGAAACGUGCAGGCAGAGCCGAUCAGAACUACAAUUACAACCAGCAUGCGUAUCCCACUGCCUAUGGUGGGCAGUACUCAGUCAAGACCCCUGCAAAGGGGGGAGUCUCGCCUUCUUCCUCGGCUUCCCGGGUGCAACCUGGCCUGCUGCAGUGGGUGAAGUUUUGGUAGGUGGAGCAAAAGUGAGGGGCACCACAGGCGAACAGGCAAUUUCUUGCAACCACCACCGAGGCCCCGAAAAGCACUGGUCAUCAGGGAGCUCCUCCCCUUGGCCCCCAGCCUGUGCCAGCCCUGGCCCGGCUGCCACACCUCUGUUUCCUAGGCUGGGGACCCAGCUUGUCUCUCCUUGUUUCUUCCCACUGCACUGUGGUGCUUCAGUGACCACCAGCCUCGUCAGAUACACCAGCAUCUUUCUGUACCUCCUCCCUUUUGUGACCUGAAGUCACUGUGACAGUUCUCCAGGAAGGAGGAGCUUCCUACUUUUGAGUUUCUCUGUGGAAAUAAAACAUGAAUCUUGUUUCCCUA